UUCUCUCUUUCAGGUUCCUAUUUUUGCUACGACAAUCCCGGCGCUCUGCAAGAGGUCUUCAAGAAGGAACUAAAUCUUACCACCACGGAGUUUACACUGAUCUAUUCCAUUUAUUCAUGGCCAAAUGUUGUGCUCUGCUUCAUUGGCGGUUUCUUAAUCGAUCGCGUUUUCGGCAUACGUUUAGGCACAAUCAUUUACCUCUUCAUUUUACUAAUUGGUCAGUUGAUAUUCGCUUCUGGUGGAUUUUUGGGUGCAUUCUGGGUUAUGAUUAUGGGUCGUUUCAUAUUCGGCAUCGGCGCUGAGUCAUUGGCGGUGGCGCAAAAUAAUUACGCUGUACUCUGGUUCAAGGGCAAGGAAUUGAAUAUGGUGUUUGGUUUACAAUUGUCGGUGGCACGUUUUGGCAGCACUGUCAACUUUUGGGUAAUGCAGCCGAUAUAUGAUUAUGUUACGAAAUUUUAUGAGGGCCAUAGAGCAAUCGGAGUGGUGUUGCUGCUAGCAGCGGGCACAUGUGUGUUGUCGCUAUUGUGCGCUUUGAUUUUGGGCUGGAUGGAUAAACGUGCGGAACGCAUUUUACAGCGCAACACUAAUCCUUCUGGCGAGAUUGCCAAACUGAGCGAUGUCACAACUUUUAAGGUCAGCUUUUGGAUGGUUUCCAUUAUUUGUGUGGCUUAUUAUGUGGCCAUAUUACCAUUUAUUGCUUUGGGAAAAACUUUCUUCAUGCAUCGGAUCAACUUCCAACCGGAUCAAGCCAACAAUGUCAAUUCCAUUGUGUAUUUAAUUUCGGCUAUUGCUUCGCCACUUUUCGGCUUUGUUAUAGACAAGACUGGACGCAAUGUUAGCUGGGUGUUUUGCGCUACAUUCUCCACAAUUUGCGCACAUGCACUACUCGCAUUUACUCUGCUAAACCCAUACAUUGGUAUGGUAGUUAUGGGCUUGUCAUAUUCCAUGUUGGCCGUUAGCUUAUGGCCUUUAGUUGCUUUGAUCAUUCCUGAGUACCAACUGGGCACCGCCUAUGGCUUCUGCCAAUCUGUGCAAAAUCUUGGAUUGGCUGUAAUUACCAUUGUAGCUGGCAUGAUUGUCGAUCGCAGCGAUGGCAACUACAUAUGGGUUGAGCUAUUCUUUAUGGGCUGACUUACUAUUGCUUUAAUUUCAACCUGUGUAAUUUGGGGCUACGACAAGAAGGUGAAAGGUAACCUGAAUAUGACGCCAGCACAACGUGUCCAAUAUGCUAGCGCAAUGUAUGUGAAAUUCUAAUGAAAUGAAAAUGCAAACGCAAACAAACGUGCGGCUAAUCAGGAUAACGGCGUUUACUCGAGCGAUCAGGAACCACUACUGGAUGAAUAGAAAGCGCUGACAUCAGCGCAGCGAGUAGUAGCGCCGUUAGUAUAGAGCGAGUGGCGGGAAAGAGGCAAGGAGUACUGGUCAAACGUGAAAGGUGGAUGCUGUAAUUUGCAGUAGGCCAAACAAAAAAAAACUAAUCAUAACUGUAGUUAGCAGAAAAUAUUUCUAAGAUAUUGCAUGGAAAUUUGGCGAAUUUCGAUUUCGAUCAAUGGUACCACCAACUAACAAAAACAACCACAACAACUGGCGCAUGUCAUACAUAAUUAACCGACUCACUAUAGCAUACAUACUUACACACAUUUGCACGCUUUCGCUAAGAAAUAUGUACGUUGCGUGGCACUUGGCAAAUGCAUACGUGCGUAGCGCUUUUGGUGAUUUCUUAUUUUAUUU